AUGACAGCCCUUCGAACCGAGUCAGCUUGGGCGAAUCAAAGCCCAUCGCCACCCAGUUAUCUACCGGUACCUGGUACAAAACUUACCGAUGAUCUCAACUUUAUCGAACGCACUUUCAAUCUAGCCUCUUACCUUCGUGCCUUGUAUAUUCACCAUCACAUUAUUCUGCCAAGAGUCGAUGCUGUUUUUCAGGCUUUACAUGACUUCGUCGAAAGUGCCACAGAUGAUGAGGGAUUCGUUUUGAUCACGACUGGAUUCACGGCUCAGUGGAAUAAAGCACCGCAGCAGAUCUUGGUAAGAAUGUAA